AGAAGGUCUCGUGUGGAAUGUGGUUCACCGGCCUGGUAAUUCACGUGGCUUCUGUGGCCCCGUGACCUGCCCUGGUCGUUGGAGUCGUUAUGAGGGACUGGGACCCAGGAAACCUCGAAAUGGAUUCAUUGGCCUUUGAGGAUGUAGCUGUGAACUUCACCCUGGAGGAAUGGGUUUUACUGGAUUCCUCACAGAAGAAACUCUACAGAGAUGUGAUGCAGGAGAACUUCAGGAAUGUGGUCUCAGUAGGAACAAAAUGGGAAGAUCAUGACAUUGAAGAGUGGUACGAAAACCAGGGGAGAAAAUUAAGAAGUCCUAUGAUAAAGAGAAUCUCUGAAAGUAAAGACAGUAGUUACUGUGGAGAAAACUUCACCCUUAUUCCAGCUCUCAAUCUGAAGAAGGAAACUCCUGGUUUAAAACCAUGGGAAUUCGGUGCCUGUGCAAAAGUCUUCAUGCAUCAUUCAUCUCUUAAUAGUCACAUUAAAUGUCACAUUGAAGACAAACCAAGAGAGCAUCAAAGUUCUCUUCGAACACAUGAAAGGAGUCACAAUGGAGAGAAACCCUAUGAAUGUGAACAAUGUGGAAAAACCUUUAAAAGUCCUAAAACUAUUCGAAUGCAUGAAAGAAUUCACAGAGGAGAGAAACCUUAUGAAUCUGGGCCAGGCAGCAUGCAGGGAAUCUUAGUUCCCCAACCAGGGAUGGAACUUGUGCCCCCUUCAGUGGAAGCCUGGAGUGUUAACUGCUGGAAGUCCUGA